AUUGUUUUCUCCUUUGGAGGACCGAGUUGUGGAAGAAACCACCAACUUCCCCAGGAUAGAAAAAAUUCCAUCCGGUUCUCAUUCAAAGCUGUUGUUGGGGCAGAUCAAGCAAGAAAUUGACAGGGUUGCUACUACACUAGGGGAGGAACCACAGCUGGCCGCUGGAUGUAACCCCCCUUCUGCACAGCUGGAUCAGGUGACGCUUGAGGAAGUGUCUGUGACUUUUACAGAGGACGAGUGGGCGCUGUUGGAUCCAGACCAAAGAGCCUUGCACAGGGACGUGAUGGCACAGAACAGUGGUAUUGCCUCCUCCUUGGGAAGUGAUUGGCCAGAGAGUGAAAAUGGAGGAACACAUGGGGUAUCGUUGGGAAAAAUUGGAAGCGAAGAGGAGGACAAGCAGAGAGCAGAAGCUGAAGCCGGCAGAAUGAAGGACGAACCUUCGGGUUCUUACGAUACUGAAUUCUACGAGCUUCCAGUCUGCGAAAAAAUAGAAGAUGGGAUCGAGUGGAGCCAAUGCCUUCUGUGCGGGAAAGCCUUCGACUGUCAGUCCAGCCUUAUCGCUCACUGGGAGAGCCACACGACCAAGAAGCCAUACAAAUGCAUGGAGUGCGGCAAGAGCUUCAGCACGAGGCAAUACCUGGGUUGCCACCAGAGAAUCCACACUGGGGAGAAGCCGUUCAAAUGCACGAAAUGUGGGAAGAGCUUCAGCACGAGGCAAUACCUGGCUUGCCACCAGAGAAUCCACACCGGGGAGAAGCCCUUUAAGUGUCUGGAGUGCGGGGAGACCUUCUGCUGGGCAAACUCGCUCACCUUACACCAGAUCAUUCACACAGGAGAGAAGCCCUUUAAGUGCUUGGUGUGCGGGAAGAGCUUCAGCAGAAGCACCAGCCUUUCUUCCCAUCAGAGGAUACAUACGGGGGAGAAGCCGUAUAAGUGCUUAGAGUGUGGGAAGAGAUUCAUCCACAAUACCAGCCUCACUUACCAUCGGCAGCAUCACACGGGAGUCAAGCCCUACAAGUGCCCUGAGUGCGGAAAGAGGUUCAGCCACAGGACAAGCCUGACGUACCAUCAGCGGAGUCACACCGGAGUGAAACCACAUACCUGCUUGGCGUGCGGAAAGAAUUUCAGCACUCGACAGUACCUCACUUCCCAUCAGAGGAUCCACACGGGAGAGAAACCGUACAAAUGCACCGAGUGCGGGAAGAGAUUUGUCCACAGCACGAGCCUCAGCUACCAUCAGCGCGUUCACCGAGGGGAGGAGCCGUUCCAGUGUCUGGAAUGCGGGAAAAGUUUCAUCACCAGACAGUGUCUCACCUCGCAUCGAAGGAUCCACACAGGGGAGGAGCCCUUCAAAUGCCUGGAGUGCGGGAAGACCUUCCGAAGACGCACUAGCCUGAUUUCCCAUCAGAGCAUCCACAUGGGAGAGAAGCCGUAUAAAUGCCUGGAGUGCGGGAAGAGCUUCACCACUAGCAAAUACAUCAUUUCCCAUCAGAGGAUCCACACCGGAGAGAAACCUUAUAAAUGCCUGGAGUGUGGACAGACGUUCUGCUGGGCUAACUCCCUGACCUUACACCAGAUCACUCACACAGGAGAGAAACCCUUUAAAUGCUUGGAGUGCGGAAAAAGCUUUAGCCGAAGCACUAGCCUUACCUCGCAUCAGAGAAUCCACACGGGGGAGAAGCCGUAUAAAUGUUUAGUGUGCGGAAAGAACUUCAGCACAAACAGAUACCUCACUUGCCAUCAGCGAAUUCAUAUUGUGGAUAAAGCUUUUAAAUGCCUGGUGUGUGGGAAAAGCUUUAGUACUAGCAAAUACCUCAGCUGCCAUCAGAGAAUCCACACCGGGGAGAAGCCAUUUAAAUGCCUGGAGUGCGGGAAGAGCUUCUGUUGGGCCUAUUCCCUUACUUUGCAUCAAAGGAUCCACAGAGGAGAAGAUGCAUUUAAAUGCUAGGAGUGUGAAAAUUAUUCUGGUUUUUUUGGGGGGGCAGAGGGAUGAGGGAGCCCUUAUCAUGGAAAAAUUUAAGGGAGAAACCGUAGAAAUCACUGUGGAAAGACGUUCGUGCGGAACACAGACUUCAUUUCUUUGCAUUUAGCUAUAAAUUUAUUUAUAUGUAUGCUUUAUAACGUUGGUGUGUUGGCCGAUUGUCGCUGUCCAGUGUUUCAGACGGCUUCCUUUUCAGCCCCACUGUGAGGGACUGGGGACUGGGCUGGAACCUUCAGUAAGCCCCACAUCUAAGUGAUCAUCAUGCCCUAAUUUGAAUUCUUGGGAGUGAGGAGGAAAGAACUUCAGUCUGCACACAGAUCUCACUUCUCUGCGAAGGCUAGGGACAUGGGAGGAUCUGUAGGAAUGCCUGGCGAUUUGCAGAAGUCCUUCAGUUGGAGCUACCAUGUUGUAGAUUUGCAAGGAAUAUAGGAUGGUCAUCCCCAGUAUGCCAACGGAGGCCCACGUGAGUUCCUACAAAAUUGAGUUUCUAAAGGUUGGGAGCCCUCGUGGUCUGGGAGAGUUCAUCCUAAUCGAAGUUGUCUGACAUGCUCCUGUAAGACAGGGAUCUCAGGCCACUUCUGGCCCUUCCUGCCGCACCACCGCCAGACCCUUGGCCACUGGGCCUCCCCCAGCAUGCUAGCCUGAAUGCUUGACUCUCCAGUUCUCGCACAGAGUCUGUCGCAUCACCAAGUCUUCCAAACAUGGGGCUUUCAAGAGGACAGGCGUGGCUGCACCAGGCUGCAAAUCCAGGAGAAGCAAGCAGAAGCAGAGCGCAAGACAUGGGCACAUUUACCUGACACUUGAGAUUGCUGGAGUGACAGGGGAAGCUUUGUGUGUGCGGCUCCCAAUCCGUUUAUUGUAUUUAUUUGUUAGGGUCAUAUCCUGCCCUUGUUCUUAUUGCUCCCUGUGCGAAUCUCUCUUCAUUUUAUCCCCCCAGCAAAAUCUUGCAAGGUGACCAGCUCAGAAUCAGCCAGAGGGGUUCCAUGAUGGAAGGUGGAUUUGAACUUGGGUCUCUCUCUCCCGGUCUAAUCCCAUAACUGCCCUGCUGUCAUAGGGAUCCACAGAGGGGAGGAGGAGGGGGAAACACCUGUUGCAAACCCAGCCCUGACAUACCUGUGUACGGCAUCAGCAUGCAGCAUGCACCAAAGGCAGGUCUUUGGUGUGAUGCCACAGCCGCCGUUUCAUCAUUCUGAUAAGGGAUAGACUUGUGUCAAUCAUGGUGGCUCUUCAGCGCUGAAAAUCAAGAAUCAAGAAAUGGGGCCGUAGCUUGGGACGCUCUCCCAGAGCAGCGUUCGGCAGCUAAUGAGGCUCCUUCCUGCCCACCCAUCACAGCCCCUCAGAGCCCCCAAAGCCCAUCUCAGCAAAAUGGCCAUAUUCUGCAGCAUAAUUUUACUUCUUCGUUGGUGAUUUCAAGCUUGAAAAUCUGGUCCCUCUCACCUGAGCUUGCUUGGGCUCAAAAGCUAAGCAGGCUUGGAUCCGGUUAGUGUUAGGAUGGGAGACCAUUCGGCGAUCUCGGGCUGUGGGCCAGAUGAGAAAGUCAAAAAAAAAAUCUCCAAGGAAGGCAGUGGCAAACCACUUUGGAAAUUCCAUGUGAGUGUUAGGAGGCAAGUUCAAUUCUAGGACUUUACCCUUUUUAAGGGGUAUAUCAAGCACUUCUGGGAGAUUUAACAUACCUGCUUUAUAUUUCCAAAGAGAGCCCCAAUUUGCAAAAUUAGAUAAGGGAAACCUGCAGGGUCUGGCUUCUGGAAUUCUCUCCGAUCCCUUAAUAAGAGUUCUCUGGGUCACAUGACCCGGAGAUGCUCUAGGUCAUGUGACCAGGAGAGGGGCUU